GGCCCAUGUUCUGCGUUGACGGAAAGGAGCAAGCAUGUGGGCCUGCUGCUCCCUGUGUUGGGCUCGAGCCCCGGCCAAAUUGCGGCGGGGACUGCCCGCCGCUUGGGGCAGCGGCUGGCCUCCCGCCGCUCCCUACUCAGCAUCUGCCGAGCCCUCCCUGGUACGGGCGCUGGUCUAUGGGCACCAUGGGGACCCCACCAAGGUCGUCGAACUGAAGAACCUGGAGUCAGCUGCUGUGGGCGGAUCAGGCGUCCAUGUGAAGAUGCUGGCAGCCCCUAUCAAUCCAUCUGACAUAAAUAUGAUCCAAGGAAAUUACGGCCUCCUUCCCAAGCUACCUGCUGUUGGAGGGAAUGAAGGUGUUGGACAGGUGGUAGCAGUGGGCAGCAGUGUGACUGGGGUGAAGCCCGGAGACUGGGUGAUUCCAGCAAAUGCCGGUUUGGGAACUUGGCGGACUGAGGCCGUGUUCAGCGAGGAAGAACUGAUUGGAGUUCCAAGUGACAUCCCUCUUCAGAGUGCUUCCACCCUGGGUGUCAACCCCUGCACAGCCUACAGGAUGCUGAUGGACUUCGAGCAGCUGCAGCCAGGAGAUUCUGUCAUCCAGAAUGCGUCCAACAGUGGAGUGGGGCAAGCAGUCAUCCAGAUCGCCGCAGCCCUGGGCCUGAGAACCAUCAAUGUGGUCCGAGACAGACCUGACAUCCAGAAGUUGACUGACAGACUGAAGAAGCUGGGAGCUGAGCAUGUUAUCACAGAAGAGGAACUAAGAAAACAUGAGAUGAAAAACCUCUUUAAGGACAUGCCCUGGCCACGGCUUGCUCUCAACUGUGUUGGCGGGAAGAGCUCCACAGAGCUACUGCGGCACUUAGCGCCUGGUGGAACCAUGGUAACCUACGGAGGGAUGGCCAAGCAGCCCGUCAUAGCCUCUGUGAGCCUGCUCAUUUUUAAGGAUCUCAAACUUCGAGGCUUUUGGUUGUCUCAGUGGAAGAAGGACCACAGUCCAGGCCAGUUCAAGGAGCUGAUUCUCACACUGUGUGAGCUCAUCCACCAAGGCCAGCUCACGGCACCUGCCUGCUCCGAAGUCCCACUGCAGGACUACCAGCGUGCCUUUGAAGCCUCCAUGCAGCCCUUCUCGUCUUCAAAACAGAUCCUCACCAUGUGAUAAUCACAGAGGAGCCAGAGAGAUGUGGGAGGGGAGCUGGCUCAGCAGGACUGGUUUUGUCCCCUCCAUCAGGGCCCUCAUGCUGUCCCAGGCUGCUCCUCUCAGCCAUCCAAGGCUUUCCCCAGGGCUAGCCCUGCGGUAUCUAAUAAAGUCUGAACUUCCUAAAAACAAACAAAA